CAGGUGGCCGUGAGAGCUCGAGCUUUCUUGUUCCCUCCCGGACACCGUGGCCCGGGAUCGAACGCUGCCUCCGCCUAACUGCGGGGCAUUGUGGGUAGAGGGAAUUUGGCUGGACUGUUCGGAAACAUGGCGGACGCAUUUGGAGACGAGCUCUUCAGCGUGUUCGAAGACGAAUCGCCGGCCCCCGGGGCUAAGAAAGGGAAAGAGGCGGCAGAGGCCGCUGGCAAGGCCAAAAAACGGACAGAUGAUAAACCACAGUCAGCAUCCACCAAUGUUGGGAAGAACAAAAGAGAUUUAGAAUUGGAAGGUACAGAUGAACCCAUAUUUGGAAAGAAGCCCAGAAUAGAAAAUACAUUAGCAGAAGAUGUAAGCCUGGCAGAUCUCAUGCCCAGAGUCAAGGUAGAAGCAGUGGAAACUGUUGAAGGCUGUACACAUGAGGUUGCAUUACCUGCAGAUGAAGAAUACGUUCCACUGAAGCCACGAGAUGGAAAAGCUGCCAAGGAAUAUCCAUUCAUUCUUGAUGCCUUUCAGAGAGAAGCCAUUCAGUGUGUAGAUAACAACCAGUCUGUUUUAGUUUCUGCACAUACAUCAGCUGGAAAAACUGUCUGUGCUGAGUACGCCAUUGCUUUGGCUUUGAGAGAAAAGCAGCGUGUGAUAUUUACCAGCCCAAUUAAGGCUUUAAGUAAUCAGAAAUACCGUGAAAUGUAUGAAGAAUUUCAAGAUGUUGGCCUGAUGACUGGUGAUGUCACCAUAAAUCCUACAGCUUCUUGCCUGGUUAUGACUACUGAGAUUUUGAGAAGUAUGCUAUACCGAGGGUCUGAGGUUAUGCGAGAAGUUGCUUGGGUUAUAUUUGAUGAAAUUCAUUAUAUGAGAGAUUCAGAGCGUGGUGUGGUAUGGGAAGAAACUAUUAUUUUGCUUCCUGAUAAUGUUCACUAUGUCUUCCUUUCUGCUACUAUUCCAAAUGCUCGACAGUUUGCAGAAUGGAUUUGUCAUUUACAUAAACAGCCUUGCCAUGUAAUUUACACAGAUUAUCGACCAACUCCAUUGCAACAUUAUAUCUUUCCAGCAGGGGGAGAUGGCCUUCAUCUUGUUGUUGAUGAAAAUGGUGAUUUCAGAGAAGAUAAUUUUAAUACCGCAAUGCAAGUACUUAGAGAUGCAGGAGAUUUGGCAAAAGGAGAUCAGAAGGGAAGGAAAGGAGGAACAAAAGGACCAUCAAAUGUGUUCAAAAUUGUGAAGAUGAUAAUGGAAAGAAAUUUUCAGCCUGUAAUCAUUUUUAGUUUCAGUAAAAAAGACUGCGAAGCAUAUGCCCUCCAGAUGACCAAAUUAGAUUUCAACACAGCUGAAGAAAAGAAGAUGGUUGAAGAAGUAUUUAAUAAUGCAAUUGACUGCUUAUCUGAUGAAGACAAAAAGCUUCCUCAGGUUGAGCAUGUGCUUCCUCUUUUGAAGCGAGGAAUUGGUAUUCACCAUGGUGGUUUGCUUCCUAUUUUGAAAGAGACCAUAGAAAUUCUGUUUUCAGAAGGAUUGAUAAAGGCCUUAUUUGCAACAGAGACUUUUGCUAUGGGAAUUAACAUGCCAGCCAGGACUGUGUUGUUUACAAAUGCCCGUAAAUUUGAUGGGAAAGAUUUUCGAUGGAUUUCUUCUGGUGAAUAUAUUCAAAUGUCUGGUCGAGCUGGAAGAAGAGGUAUGGAUGAGAGAGGAAUAGUCAUUCUUAUGGUGGAUGAAAAGAUGAGUCCAACUGUAGGAAAACAGCUAUUAAAGGGCUCAGCUGAUCCUCUCAAUAGUGCUUUUCACUUGACCUACAACAUGGUUCUGAAUUUACUGCGUGUAGAAGAAAUUAACCCUGAGUAUAUGUUGGAAAAAUCUUUUUAUCAAUUUCAGCAUUAUAGAGCUAUUCCAGGAGUAGUAGAGAAGGUAAAGAAACUAGAAGCACAGUAUAAUGCAAUAGCAAUUCCCAAUGAAGAAAGUGUAGUUAUCUACUACAAAAUAAGACAACAGCUUGCCAAACUGGCUAAAGAGAUUGAAGAAUACAUCCACAAACCGAAGUACUGUUUGCCAUUUUUGCAGCCAGGACGAUUGGUAAAGGUGAAGAAUGAAGGGGAUGAUUUUGGUUGGGGAGUAGUGGUGAAUUUCUCCAAGAAAUCAAAUGUUAAGCCCAAUUCUGGUGAAUUAGAUCCUUUAUAUGUUGUAGAAGUGCUUUUACAUUGUAGCAAAGAGAGCUUGAAAAAUUCUGCUACCGAGGCUGCUAAGCCAGCAAAACCUGGUGAGAAAGGAGAGAUGCAGGUUGUUCCAGUCCUGGUGCACCUGCUGUCCGCUAUCAGCAGUGUUCGGCUUUAUAUUCCCAGAGAUCUGAGGCCAGUUGACAACCGACAGAGCGUGUUAAAAUCAAUACAGGAAGUUCAGAAACGUUUUCCUGAUGGUGUUCCAUUACUAGAUCCCAUCGAUGAUAUGGGCAUACAAGAUCAAGGACUUAAAAAAGUCAUCCAGAAAGUAGAGGCUUUUGAACAUCGAAUGUAUUCUCAUCCACUUCAUAAUGAUUCAAAUUUGGAAACUGUUUAUAAACUUUGUGAAAGAAAAGCACAGAUUGCUAUAGAUAUUAAAUCUGCAAAGCGAGAACUAAAGAAAGCAAGAACUGUCUUACAAAUGGAUGAGCUUAAGUGUCGGAAACGUGUUUUGCGAAGGCUGGGUUUUGCUACAUCUUCUGAUGUCAUUGAGAUGAAAGGACGAGUGGCAUGUGAGAUCAGCAGUGCUGAUGAGCUGCUUUUAACUGAAAUGAUGUUUAACGGACUUUUCAAUGACUUGUCUGCAGAGCAAGCUACUGCGUUGCUAAGCUGUUUUGUGUUUCAGGAGAAUUCCACUGAAUUGCCCAAAUUGACAGAACAGUUAGCAGGACCACUUCGCCAGAUGCAGGAAUGUGCUAAAAGGAUUGCAAAGGUUUCUGCAGAGGCCAAAUUAGAAAUUGAUGAAGAGACGUACCUAAACACGUUCAAGUCAAACUUAAUGGAUGUAGUCUAUACCUGGGCAACUGGAUGUACAUUUGCCCACAUCUGCAAAAUGACUGAUGUGUUUGAAGGCAGCAUAAUUCGUUGUAUGAGGCGUCUGGAAGAAUUGCUUCGGCAGAUGUGUCAAGCUGCAAAAGCUAUUGGAAACACUGAACUGGAGAAUAAAUUUGCAGAAGGAAUCACUAAAAUCAAGAGAGAUAUUGUGUUUGCUGCAAGCCUUUACCUGUAGAAUCAACCACUUACUGGUGUCAGCCAUCAUGUCCCCCUCAACAUUGCAGAGACAGCUCUUUGGAUUUUCUCUAAACAAAUGGACAACUCUUAUUCCAAGACAGUCUUCAUCAUAAACGUUUUAAUUUGUAUUGUAUUUAAAACAAGCAUCAUUCUAGCAAAGUAUAUGUCAUACACAUUUGUACAUAAAAGCAUUACCACAUUAUUUUAAUAAAAAAAAAUGUACAGGUGGGUAGUAUUUUAGUGAAAGGUUUGAAAUCUUUUGAAUGAAUUUUAAAGCUAUUGUUGUGUUAAAUGUGACUAUAUACACAGGUAAAGUGGGCGUCUGAGAGGUAUAGCAGCAGCAGUCCCUUAAAGGCUUUUUGCACCAGGAGGAAAUUAUCAUUAUCUUUUCCUUCUGCUGUUAUCAUUUUCCUUUAGAAAGCAGGCAAUUUUAGCUCCUUAUGCUUGGUGAUUGCUUCCGUAAUGAUUUCCAUUUGUUGGUGUCUCAUGCAAAGUUGUGUGUGAGUCCUCUUCUUUUCUUUGCUUAAAUGGACAGUUUCUUUCCUCAAAGAAAUCUGAUACAAAUACAACCUAAGAAGAAGAUUAAAAUAUUGUUUACUGAAAUUUUCUCUAGAACCAACGGGGUGGGGGGAGGGAGGGAUGAGACAACAACUAAGUUUAAGGGAUCAGAUUUUUGUUUUAUUCUUUGUAUUACUUUCCACAUCACAUUCCCUUUUGUAGUAAUCUGCCUUCGUUUUGGGCUAAGUAUGGUGAAGGAGUAUGUUGUCAUUCCUACAGCAGCAUUUUAUACUAUCAUCCCUAUCAUUCAAGGGUUGUUUGCCACUUCCUGAGAAGAAAUAUUAUCACUGAAUUUUUUUUAAAGUAAAAAAAAAUGCCAAAGAGGAUGAUUUGGUAACUUUCACGAUGUCCAAAUGUUUUAUAGAUGGAAAUCCACCCAGCAAAUAGAAAAGUCCUUUGGUUUGGUCCGUACACCCCAACUCCCAGUGCCCCAGUGAUCUUAAUGGGGGGAGGUGGAGGAGCUAUUUUUUGUCCAAUAAAAUGUUAAAAAGUAGAAAAGCUUAAGAAUUCUUCUUAGAUGCUUCAAGUUCCCGGAGU